CCAAUGAGGAUAUCACAAUGCGAAAUGACGAUAAAAAUAUAAAGAGAUAAUCGAUAUACUUGUAACAUAAGAGAUAUAUAAGCGCGUGCGUCAAUAGGCGCGUUAAUUGUUAUAUUUUAUAAUAACUUUUAAAAAAUUUAUCGUAACUUUACUCGUAGAAUAUCGUAGAUCAAUGUCUUAUGCGCAUAUUGUACGCACCUAUACUUAAGAAAAGUCUACUUAUGCAAAUAUAAUCUCUUAAAUCGUGCGUAUGCGAUCAACCUCGUACUCAUGGAAAACGCAUUUAUAAUAUUCGAUGCAUUUAAUGCCAGGCAUUUAAAUGUUCUUCCCGCAUAAAAGGAAGGAAAAUACUCCAAUGUAUGUAGGAACAAAUGCUGUAAUUGUAAUCUCUUAUACUUACCAUCGCGCUAUUUUUAUGCUUUUACGCAUUCGUGGUUGGAAAGCAGGAUAUAUCGUAUAUAUAAAUAAGCAACAUAUAAUAAAAAGAGUUUUAUUAACUCUCAUGUAAUUGCACGUAAAUUCGACUUACAAUUUCGUACUUUAAAAGAACUUAUACUUUCUGAAUCAAGAAAGCAAUGUAUCGUGCGGUUAGAUAAUGCGUAUGUUACCUAAUCUAAUCUGAUAUCCUGAGAUCUAAAAAAAAACAUUACGCAAACGUCUUGAACAAUAUGUACAAUAGAUUGCCGGCUUAUGUACUUAGUGCCAGAUAAAAAUCUCAAUUUAUAUGUUCUUUUUGUGGUAAUAGUAAUAAAAGAUAAUCAAGUGGCAGCAUGUUCAUAUUCAUGUGUGAGCACGUUUCUCUUCGUAAUGCGUUAGAUUGAACGGAGGAGAAGAUGGCUUUUCAGUGCCACAUGUGAGUUUUGAUAUUAAAUUAAUUUGUAUAUCGCUCUAAGCUUUCUAUCCGAAAAUGGUACCAAUAAACGGAAUUUGCCUUAUUCAUCCAAAAAGUGAUAUACUGCUACAUUAUUUAUUCCUCGCGAAUGUGUUCCCUAAAAUCUUUCUUGGAAAAUCACGUUUCCAUCAACGUCAUGAGAGAAAAACAAAUCAUGACAAAUUGAAUUAGUAUCAUGCGAAAUAAAUCAUAGAAAGAGACGUAAGGAAGUGGCCUUUUCUGUAACAACCGUUUCCGACGCGUGAGCAUCAUCAGCCGUUUCGUUCUCUUUAAUCCUAACAGAACAUCUCUGCUGGAAAUAAUGGUGUCUCUUCGCGCGUGUCACCUGCAGCAUAUCCAUGCCCGACACAGGACAGUUUCUGAAUUACAGAUACACAGUAGAGACUCGGAGAAGUUCACGUGUUACAUACUUGAUUUAGUAACAAGAAUGAGAUGUGUUUCGCCCGCGGAAUAACGUAUAAUAAUAAGUAAUAUUAUAUCCAAAUAUGUUUGUGCGCGGCGCAUUUUGCGCUCUGUAUACCAUAAUAUUUUUCCUUAACGUUAUCGUAGCGGAAUGGGUAGACAUGCCACAAUUCUCGGAUGAAACAAAGAUUUAUAGGAUACCUUCUGUACAGCACAAUCAGUUUUAUAAAUUUAGACGAGGCGACACGGAUAACAUUAAUUUUCCCAGUAAUCAACGAAAUGGUAGCCAAGCUUAUCAUCGGGUCAAAGCCACGUAUGCGAUGCAUAAUAGGACGGAAAUUAAGAAGAUAAAUUCUGUCUCGGUAUCAACAACGCCGGUGAAUCUAUUUCCUGAUCAAAUCACCGACAAUUUCGCAAAUAUCGGUACAACAGUUCACACUGCAACGAUCACUAAUACUGUGACAGAGAAUAAAUUAAACAAAGAACGAUUUAACAAGAAUAAUAUGAUGUCAUCAACAAAAGAUAUAAUGGUUAACACACUUACGACUCAACCGCCACCAAAUACCGAACAAAAAAUGUCGCAAGAUAAAUAUGACAACGACACAUCGAAGCGGGAUGAUGGUAUAUUCCAAUACUUGCCCAUAGACAUACUCAAAAAUGUUCAUCAUACUUUGCAAUCACAACCAACAUCAGUCGAAGGAAAACUUUAUUUUCUUAAAACGAUCGAGAAAACAUUGAUGUCAGAGAUAGGUAAAAUUUGCCCGCAUAUUUCCUCCGCACGUUAUGAAAGUUUUUAUAUAUUAUACUCAUCAACAGAAUCUCGCCUUACUACUACUAUGGCACCAAGUCGCAAAAUAAGAGGUGUCGAGUAUUACGGGCACGAUGAUCACGAAGAUCAUUCUUUAGGAUUCCCUUCGAUAGAAGGCACACUGAUGGCCAUAUCAUUCCUCACGUUUGCAGUUUAUCUUGUUCGAUUAGUCAUGCUUCUCCUCCGGAAUAUUAAUACGCCUACGACCACUACAACCGCCGCUACAGUGUUUCUUGGCAAACGAAAACGAUCCAUCGAUUUCGACGACGACACUGCUAGGAUACUUAAUAACAUUAAUAGUUUCGUUCCUGAUCUUUAAAAUGUAAUACAAAAUAGUAUAUUAUUGGUGGUAGGAAUAACUGGAAAAUGAAUGAUUCUAUAUGAAAAAAUAUGUCAAAAAUAUAUGACAAAA